UUGCGGUAGUGAGUAAUGUGACUUCCGUGAAGAAUGCCUCGGAAGAGAUGUCAAUUUGCAGCCGCAGCACAGAGUUCACCGUAGUCACAUUCAUAACAUCAUCACAUUAAUUAGUACAGAAUAAAACUGCAUGUAGGAAGCAUGCUGCUUCUUGUGUUUUUCACAAUCCUAGUGACGGUCACCGCUUUAGAGAGUGAUCGAUCGGAGAAAAAAUCUGAAGAAUCAUGGAAAGGAAAUUUUACCCCAUAUAUUCAUUUGAAGACAAUGAAUGAUAGCGAGGACAACUCUGAAAAGCCUCUUGUGUCGCUAUGCUGUCAUAUUGAUGCAUUUCCUAUUAAAGAGGAAUGUGUGAAAGAUGCAGCGAAUGAAACGAAGGCAUUACAGUUGCCAACUAAUUAUGGAACCAAUCUUACCGUACCGUUAAACAUCACCGUGAAUGAUCUCCGAAAGCACUUCUCGUUCGUGGUACAGCAUCCAUGCGAUGGGAAUCGAUCUCUCCUGAUUCCACACGUUCACAAGACCGAGUGGUAUCUCCUGUUAAACGGUUCCAUACGAGCCUUAGCUCUUGAAAAGUCGGAAGAUCGUCUACUGGAUUAUCAUGAAUAUUGUUUAGCGAGGGUAAAAAAACAAGAGUAUCUAUUGGUCCACUGUCUAAAUGCAAGUCAAGUAGAAGAAGAAGAAGAGAAGGAAAAACAAGAAGAAGAGGACGACUUAGUCGUGUAUUUUUACGCACUAGUUAUUUCUGUGCCAUUUCUGAUAGCUACGUAUCUUGUGUACUGGCUACUGCCCGAUCUGAAUAAUCUGCACGGUUUAACACUGCGGGGAUAUGUCGGCUGUAUGGCGAUAACGAACUGCAUUUGUGCGACGACGCAUUUGAUUCCGCAUGAAUGGCUUUCUGAAGUCUUCUGCAUCGUAAUGGCUCUCAUCAUCAUCUCUUCAUUUUCGGCAAGUUUCUUCUGGCUAAAUGUGAUGUGCUUUGACAUUUGGUGGACAUUUGGACACAAACCUCGGCCAUUACAAGGAAACGUAAAGCAACGAGAGAAAAAGAGAUUUAUGAUGUAUUCGAUCUAUGUGUGGGGAGGCGCCUUCAUUCAUACUGUCAUUUGUAUUAUAAUGGAUUUUACUUCAAUUCUACCGAAUGACUCUAUCCGGCCAGAAUUCGAUAUGUGUUGGUUCGGUACGGAGACAGCAGAGUUUCUAUACUUUUGGGCACCCAUCAGUAUUAUUAUCGUCUGUAAUAUGUGCCUGUUUAUACACACAGCGUUGAAAAUUCGGAGCCUUAGAAAAAAUAUAGCUCAACAAUUACAAGGUUCGGAAAGUAGGCGUCACGAUGACAAUAGGCAACGGUUCAGCUUAUAUUUGAAGUUGUCCGUGGUAAUGGGUUUAAGUUGGUCUAUGGAGAUUAUAUCGUGGUUAAUGGAAAUGCUAAUAAAUAACCUGCCGGAGUGUAUCUGGUACAUCAGUACUUUAUCAAAUAUCUUGCAGGGUCCUAUCAUCUUCAUUAUAUGCGUUUGGAAUAAUAAGACCUGGCAUUUGUUGCUCAAACGAUUGGGUUGCCAGGAUCGCGAUUUGUUUUACAGAAAAUCGACAAACAGUAAUAGCUCCGAUCCGAUGUCGAUGCAGAAGAUUUCUACAUGCAGUCAAAUAUGUCAUGCAAAACAUUCAUCUAAUUAAACUCAUUAUUAACACCGUAACGCAAUUAAAAUUUGUAUAAAUUUUGUUUUAAUACAAAUGCAAUUACUUGUACAUUAUAUUUAUAUUGCACAAUAUUACAUUAUAAAACAUAAAAUUUUGAAGAAAAUGUUACGUGAAAAUAUACUAUACUUUUAUUGAUCAUAAUAUUAAUUGUACAACAUAUAAACAAAUAUUUCAUAUUCUUUCUCUUUAUAUUCAUUUUCACUGUGUGGAUGUUUAAUCAAUGCUUCCACUAUAUGCAUUUGAUAUUUCCUAAGUACUAUGUUUAUAUGUAUAGACAGAUGAAAACUAUAUAUUUAUAGACUAAUUUUUUAUAUAUUAUGUAGAAUAUUAUGCAAUUAUGUAGAAACAUUUAUUACUAUUAAAUACUACGUAAUGCAAGUGCUGAUUUACAUGUCAAAUUAAACUAACGUUUUAAUUAUAUGCAUUAUAAUAUUACAAUCGUAUUUGCAAAGAACGUGAGAAUCCGACAUUUAAGAUUGACAGAAAAUCUAUGUCAAAUAUAUAUAUGUUAAUUAAAUUGUUUAUAAUAAUAAAUAGCAGAGACAUG